UCCGUGUAAAGAAUUUGAAGAGGGAAGCAAAAUAUAACUUGAUUUUUUUAUGUCUAAUCAAAAUUCUUAUUUCUGUUUUAUCAUGCGAUAAAACAGUUAUACCAAACUCGACUAUUAUGUAUUUCUACAUAAUUAUAAUAGCUCGUCGCCAUACUGUAACACAAUAUACCUAAACUUGUGUGUAUGAAAGACGUGAUCAGUUAGAUUACGGUUCCACAUCGUACUUUAUAUUUUGGCUAUGUUUUAUUGACAAGGAUAUCUGGAUACCUGUAGACAUCAGCCAUCAUACUGGUAGCAUCUAGCAGAAGCUGAUCAAUAGUAUCAGACAGGUGCUUAUUGGAAUAAUGCGCAGAGGACAAAAUGCAAGGUUUGGAUUCAAGAUGGAAGCUGUUUCUAGGGGCAAUGUUUCUCAGUUCCUUUAUCAUUAUUCCAUACUUAUAUGGGACGUACCAAAUGAAACAGAAUGUGGAGCCACUUGUUAAAGGUUGGUCAAGUCAGCUUCCUGUGCAUCUAGAUAUAGAACAUUUAGCGAAAAAAGAUUCAAAAGAAAAGCUGAUAGCACUUGCUAAAGUAAUUCACAGUGCAAAGAAACAUGUCCGUGGGUCUAAAACGUCCGAUUUUCUCAAAAAAGCUAUUUCUAUUGUGAACACUAUGCUUGGAGAUAUCAAUGUGAAUCCGAAAGAAGUGUAUGAAAGAAGGAGUGAAAAAUCUGAACAUAUAUGCGGAGAAAUAUACAAAGGAGGUCAAUACGGGUAUCCGCUGUAUUAUACAGGCUUUGUCACAGAAAAAUGUUCCUAUAGUGUACCAGUAUCAAAACUUGUUACUGUUAUCAAAUAUAUAGCACUACCAAGUGGUAAGGAAAGUUCUUUGGUUACACUUGAUAGAUUUAUUUCUUCAAUCAAUAGCACUCUGAAUAAUUCAAGUAUUCGAAUAGCUGUUAAAAUUAAUUCUGAAACGUUUCCGAGUAAAUUAGAACAGAAAUACCCAGGAGUUAAAUUGAUUUUCUCUAAUUUCGAGUCUGGGGGAUCUGCACUUAACAGUUUGAUAAAAGAUGUACAAACUCCAUAUGUCUUAGUUGCAAGAAAAAUGAAUAAAUUCACAAACGAUUCAAGGUUAGAAAGACUAGUUAGAGAAAUAGAAAGUAUAAAUGUAACAGCUGUGGGUGGUGCGUUUCGUGAAUCAAAUGGUCAUUGGAGAAAAGGAUGUUUCCAGUCGGUGUAUAGAAAUUACACAUUGAAGUAUAUGGAGGGAUAUGAUGAGUCAUUUCAUGAAUGUUUAUUUUGUGAUUAUAUUCAAGGUCCGUUUAUAACGACUGCUAAAUACCUGAAGGAAAACAGUUUUAAAAAUAUUGACGAGAAUAACGGUCUAUACGAAGAUUGGUUUCUCAGAAUUACCCAGUCAGGCCGGGAAACAAUUUUAUGUCCAGAUUCUAUGUUCCAUGUUGAUAACCUGACUACUGUAUCUGGUUCGAACUGGAAAGCAUUUUCUGAAUAUUGGAAAGUUUAUCAUGCCUAUUUGCCAAUGGGGAAUGAAAUGAAACUCAACUGCGAAAAUGUAAAAAUAUCGAGUAGCCCUUCCAAAGCUUUAUCACCUUGUGCAAUGAAGGUAUACAAUGAUGGUAUUAAUCUAAUUAUGCAAAAAUGUGAGGAAACUGGCACUAUAUGUGAGUUGCAGGAAGGUACCGCGUUAGGGGCUGUCAAGUUAGGGAAAAAUCUCCCUUGGGACAUAGACUACGAUUUGCGAUUUUCAAUAACAAACUGUUCAAAAUGUAAACUGCUUGAUAAAGCACUAAAAACAGCUGGCUUGAAAGGAGAAAGCCUUGUUUCAAGGUGCUGUAACCAAAAGUUAGGUAAGCCAGUCAAUUUUGCCAUUUAUUACAAAGGUAGAUAUGGUGACUUUACUGGCCAUCCUGUAAUGGACAGCCAAAUGCUUGUUAAAAACGGUAUAGCCCCUACCAAAGUCUUAUUUGACGGACAAUGGGUAAAUGUUCCAAGGAACCCAGGGCUGUUCAUGAGAAAUAGAUACGGCAAAGAAAUAUACAGACACGCGGAACAUUGGAGAUAUACGGGACAUAAAACCCACAGACCUAACUAUACAACAAACGUGUUUAUAACAUGUAAACAACCAGGAGCUCACGAUUGUUUGGACAGAUACAAUGCGGACGGAGAUCUCCCGUUUAAUGUGAUGUUACCAUAAUACUAGCAUUCUAUGAUAAUACCACAUAUAAUAAUGUAGUUCUAAUAGUUAAAUGUAUUCUUGCAUGUGACACUAGUGUUUUCUUUAGUGUUACCCAUGCCAGAAAUUUCAUCUGGCCUGGGAAUGCAUAUGAGUCGCGUGCUGUUGUGCUGUAAAUUGACGAAUUUCAUGAAUGAACUGCGUUAAAAUGACAUCAUUUCGGUGCAUGCAUGCCUAGAAGGACGUAAUUUUGCCAUUAUGAAUGAAGUUGUAAGUGAGGUAUUGUUUAGCGGUUUUGUCCAAGGAUGAUAAUUUGGUCUUAACGGUACAUGGGAAAAUCCGAUCACUAUAUAUAUAUAUAUAUAUAUAGCAUAAGUUUUAUAUUAUUGUUUGUGUAUAAAUUGCAUGGCUCUGACGUUAAACUGACUUAAAUGUUACUUUAAGUGAUUUGUUGUACGUGAUAUGUUGUACACGUACGUUCAAACCUCAUAUUCUGCCAUUUUUUAAUCACAGCCUCUUGCUCUGCAUUUUGUUGUUUCUUAUUUUCGUUUUUUUGAUGAUAAUAUAUAUUUUACAGUACAUGUAAAUAUAUUUUUAUAUCUA